UUCUUGCUACAGUCCAACUGGCUUCCGAUUUCAUCGCCAUGUCAUCCGCAUACCAUCCGCAGACAGACGGACAAACCGAGCGUCUUAGCCAAAUUGUGGAGCAACUCCUCCGCGCAGCAUGCAAGGAUGAAAUCUUCUAGUGGGACUUGCAUCUACCCGUCCUGGAGUUUGCCUACAACAAUGCUACUCACGCCGCUACUAGACAGACGCCGUUCUUCCUCUGUUACGGAUGCCACCCGAUCACACCAUAACAGCCAACCAUAUCAUACUCUUCACACCGAAACCGACGGAAGCCUGCGCAUGUGCAUCGACUACCGAGCUCUUAACAAGCAGACCAUCAAGAAUAAAUAUCCGAUACCGCGAAUCGAUGACCUGCUUGACCAGCUUCGGGGAGCUACGGUAUUUUCCAAACUGGAUCUGCGGUCCGGAUACUGGCAGAUACGGAUGGCGGACAACUCUAUCCACAAAACUGCUUUUCGAACUCGGUACGGAUCGUACGAGUAUUUGGUCAUGCCGUUCGGACUCACCAACGCGCCGGCAACGUUCCAAGCCGAAAUGAACCACAUUCUACGACCACUUCUGGACGAAAGCGUGGUGGUGUACCUGGAUGACAUACUCAUCUACUCGCGCGACAUGAAGCAGCACGUCGAACACCUGCGACGCGUCUUCGAAAUUCUUCGACGGGAACGAUUCUACGUCAAACUGUCCAAGAGCGAAUUCGCCCUUGAAAAGGUCCAGUUCCUAGGACAUAUGGUGAGCGCUCAAGGAGUUCACGUCGACCCCAAGAAAAUCGAAGCCGUACGUACGUGGAAGACACCCGAGAACGUGAAGGAGUUGCAGCAGUUCCUAGGCUUCGCUAAUUACUACAACAGGUUCGUGCCACAAUAUGCGAAACUCGCGGCACCACUCACGAAUCUGCUGAAGAAGAACACGCCCUACAAAUGGGAGACGAAGCACCAGGAAGCCGUGGAGCAGCUGAAACAAGCACUAACGUCCGCACCGGUGCUCAUCUUGCCAGAUCCCGAACGCGACUACGUAAUCGAAGCUGACGCCAGCGACCAGGCAGUGGGAGCAGUCUUAAUGCAAGACCAGGGGAAUGGACUGCAACCAAUUGCCUACCUCAGCAAGAAACUGCACGGGGCAGAACUCAACUACCCGAUACACGACAAAGAGGCUCUUGCUAUCAUCAUCGCCUUCAAAGCGUGGAGAUGCUAUCUCGAAGGACGAAGAACAACCGUCUACACCGACCACUGCAGCCUGAAAUAUUUGAAAACACAACCCAACCUUUCCAGGCGGCAGGUCCGGUGGAUCGACUUCCUCGAGACACACUUCCACUACGACAUCGUGUACAAGCCCGGCCACAAGAACAAAGCAGACGCUCUCAGCCGGCCUGCACACGUUGCCGCGAUUGAGAUCGAAGGGAUGAAUCCACUACUCAAGGGACUCUUCACCCACGGGUACGCCAUCGACCCCGAAAUUCCCUUGGCAGAAAAGCGACAUCUGUUACAGUGGGACAAUGACAUCGCAUACCGGAAGGGAUCCACAAAAAUCUGGGUACCCAAUUACCCUCCUUUGCGCCAGUUACUACUCGAAGAAUACCACGACGUCCUGUACGCCGGACACUUCGGUAGCAACAAGACGCUCACCGGUAUCGCCAAACACUACUACUGGCCCCAUAUGGCAGAUGACGUCCAGAAAUUCGUCACCUCGUGUGAUACAUGUCAGCGGAUGAAGAGCAGCAAGCAGAAAAAGGCGGGACUACUGCAGCCUCUUCCUGUCCCAGAACAACCAUGGCAAGUGGUUAGCCUAGACUUCAUCACCGGGUUACCACCUACCUCCAGCGGUCAUGACGCCAUCCUUGUCGUCAUUGACAAGUUCUCCAAAAUGGGACACUUCAUCCCGACACACACGACGGCACGCACCGAGGAGACAGCACAGCUCUUCGUUCGUCACAUCAUCUCACAGCAUGGCAUCCCAACUACACUCAUUUCCGACCGAGACCCCAAGUUCACCAGCAAGUUCUGGAAGGAACUUAUGUCUCUUCUCGGCACCAAACUCGCCAUGUCAUCCGCAUACCAUUCGCAGACAGACGGACAGACCGAGCGCCUCAACCAAAUUGUUGAGCAACUCCUCCGAGCAGCCUGCAAGGACGACAUCUCCAAAUGGGACUUGCACCUGCCCGUUCUGGAGUUUGCCUACAACAAUGCUACACAUGCCGCUACUGGACAGACGCCGUUCUUCCUCUGCUACGGACGCCACCCACUCACACUACAAAAACCGACAGCAUCAGCUACAGUCCAACCCGCACAUGAUUUCAUUACAACCAUGCACCAGCUUUGGGAUCGGACCCACAAGCGCCUACUCGACAUUCAACAGCAACAAAAGCGCCAAGCCGAUCGCCAUCGUAACGAUCACACCGUCACAGUGGGAGACCAGGUGCUCCUCGACACCCGCAACCUGGACAUCAGCCAUCUCCCAUCUAAACUUCGACCUCGCUUUUGCGGGCCUUUUCUCGUUGAAACACAAGUCACUCCCGUUACCUUCCGCUUACGCCUGCCAGCUACCUGGAAGAUUCACAACGCCUUCCAUGUCCAACUUCUGAAGCCCUAUCGAGAUCCUAACACGAUCUUCGUGGGACGCCAGCCGCCGCCGCCGCCGCCCGUCCUCGUCCAGAACGAACCCGAGUACGAGGUCGAGUCCGUGCUUGCACAUCGUCGUCGUCGGAAUGGCACCGUGGAGCUUCUCAUCCGUUGGAAGGGUUAUGAUCCUUCUGAGGACAGCUGGGUACCUGAGUCCGACAUGGGUAACGCCCGUCGUCCUCUGCAUGACUACCUUGUCAAGCAGGGUGUUACUUCUACCACCCAGCUUUGAGGGGGGGAAGUGUGAGACCUAGGGGCACGGCGAACUCUUCUCUCGGCGCGUAGGUGUAGCGAGCUAGCUGCCUGGGCACAAAGCGAGCUAGCAGCAUAGCCGCGUAGCAGCUAGGCCAGAGAGAACUAGCUCCCACACUCCCUCUCCCGCGUCGUCCCUCUCUGUUCCGCGUCGUCAGACCCUCUCCCGCGUCGUCCCUCUCUCUCCAGCGUCAUCCCUCUCUCUCCAGCGUCAUCCCUCUCUCUCCCGCGUCAUCCCUCUCUCCUGCAUCGUCCUUCUCUUCCGCGUCGGCCCUCCCUGUUCUGCGUCAUCGUCUCUCUUUCUCUCUCUCUUCCUCAUCGCCCCUCUCUCAUCCUCGUUGUCCCUCUCUCGUCGUCGUCACUCUCGUUGUGUCUCUCUCUUCGUCGUCAUCCCCUCUUUCUCUCUCUGUCGCCACCACGCUCUCCCAGAGUAUACGUCUAUCGCUCCCUGUUCUUCCUAGGGAUAACCCCUUUUUCUCUGUGUAAAUACGUGAGGUCUUGGGCCCCUGCUGACUAACUCGAUCAACGUGGGCUGUUUCACAUGUCUCAUUAUAAUAACGGAACACACUGGGAGGAAAAUAUGUUAUAAUUUUUGGACACA